AUGGACAAUAUCUCCGGGGAGUACGUGUACUCUGACACGGCUCGGUACCGCAUGGUGUUCGACAUGGAGUCGAGAAUCCCGGACAACAGCGAGGUGACCAUGGCGGAGCUGAAGCUCUACCAGCGGGCCGUCCACCACAAGCGGUUCACGGUGGAGAGGAAGAACCACCGCGCCGUCAACAACGCCCGCGUCAGCAUCUACUGGGUGGAGGUGUUGCCCAACGGAUCCAACAGGACUUCAUUAGUCGACUCCAGGCUGAUCCCCAUUCAUGAGACCGGCUGGAAGAGCUUUGAUGUGACCCAGGCGGUGCAUUAUUGGUCCAAGACGCAGAAGAAAACACCUAUGCACCUGGAGGUGUGGAUCGAGGGCGAGAGACCCGGCAGUUACGCGGCAGAGAUGGCCAAGAGUGUCCACUUUACCACCCAGGAGCAGACGGACAACACCUUGGGGAAGCCCGAGCUCAUCCUUUACACGCUCAACCUGGAGGAGUACGGGUAAGGACAGGCGGCAUUGAUCAGCGCAGUGUGGCACGGAGGUGUUAGUUUUGCUCCAAUGUGUAAAAAUGUAUUAGACUUUGAGUUAGGAUUUGU